AUGUCGACGUCGCACGACGCAUGGCACGCACUAGAGAAUAUGUUCACAUCGAGUUCCCAUGCGCGCGUCAUGCAGAUACUUAUGCAGCUCGCCACUUUUCAGAAGAAAGACAUGAACAUCUUCAACUACUUCCGCAAGAUCAAGCACUUCGCUGACACCUUAUCCGCCAUCGGCAAACCUCUUGAAGAUGAAGAACUGAUCGCUUACCUACUACGUGGUCUCAGAAGUGAAUACGAUGCAUUGGUGACGAGCAUCACCACCCGCGCUGACUCCUACACCGUCAGCGACAUAUACGCCCACAUGUUCAGCUUCGAGAUGCAUCUCGAGCAGAACAACACUAAGGUGCAAAUCUCAGCCAAUAACGUCAAUAAGAGUUUUGGACGUGGUGGUGGCCGGAAUAGUCGUGGUUGCAGAUGUGGCCGAGAUGGUGGCCAUGCUACAGGCACUCGUGGUGGAUACUCAAGCCAAGGUGGACAUAAUAACUCAGGCGGACAUAUAGAUGUGUAG